UCCAUCAUAAUACUAUCUAUAGAGAGGAUAAUGGGUCGUCAUGGGCGCAUUCGACCCAGCAAUCACAUACGACAGGUCAACAUACAUAGAGACUGAUACGGGUAACAAGGUAUCACGCAAAGCCCUCAUCGCAGGAGCUACAAAUAUAGUCUUGGGCGGUAAAUCUAUCAUCCAGACUUCCUCUAUACUCCGUGGAGACCUGAGGAGAUCGGCCGCAGGCCAACAUGUGGUUAUAUCAGUGGGGAGAUAUUGUUUAAUAGGGGAAGGAGCGGUCAUUAGGCCGCCAGGCAAGAUGUACAAAGGGACGUUCACGUUCUAUCCUCUGCGGAUAGCAGACUUCACCCACAUAGGUCCAAAUUGUAUCGUUGAAGCGGCGCAAAUCGGCAGCUGCGUUGAGAUUGGUGAGGGAAGCAUCAUCGGGAAAUUCGUUGUUAUAAAAGACUUGGCGGUUAUCCUUCCUAACACUGUCCUCCCAGAAGGGACAGUUGUGGCCUCCAUGUCCGUCUGGGGCGGCAAUCCAGGUCGCAUGAUUGACACUCUUCCUGAAACGUAUCAAGAAACAAUGGAGGCCAAGUGUAAAAGCUAUUAUCAACGGUUUCGCCCCGCUCAUUAAUGUGCCAAAACUCAAGCUGCCACGGCUUUCACUACUUUCACAAGUACAAACUUGUACAAUCACUUGUACUGGUACGGUAUCACAAGGAUGUACAAAUAGGAUACCAUGCAUAUAUGCAAUUGCUAAUUAUUAGUCAUUAUACACAUAAAAGUCAUCAUCGCCC